AUGAGUGGAAAGAGAUUAGGGAGAUUAAUAAAAGAAUAAACAAUGCUUUUUAACUGUGAUAUACAAACAGGAUUUAUGAAGCAUUUGUAUAAGGGUGAACAUAUUGUUAACACAGCUCGUUAAAUGGUUUAAACAGCUGGAGUAAUGAAUUUACCUAUUUUGGUCACUGAAUAGAAUGUUAAAGUUUUUGGAAGCACAGUGCCUGAAUUAUCUAAUGAUUUUCCAAAGAAUCUAAUUUAAUAUUAUGAAAAAUCCUCCUUUUCAAUGAUCAAUGAGUAAACUGAAGCUUUCUUGAAGUCAAACUCUGAAAGAAAGAGCGUCAUCCUUUAUGGUGCUGAAGCUCAUGUCUGCGUUUAAUAAACCUGCUUGGACUUAUUAGAUAGAGGAUAUGAGGUUCAUUUAUUGACUGAUGGAAUUACAAGUAUUAACUCCUUAGACAGAACAACUGCUUUUGAAAGAAUGAGAGAUGCAGGUGCUUUCCUUACAACAUUUUAGAGCGUAGUUUUUGAAUUGAUGAAGAGUCAUACUAGCCCUGAUUUCAAGAAAAUGCUCCCUAUUAUUAAGCUUAAAACUACUGAGGACAGACUUGGUCACCUUUGA